AUGCAGGUCCAAGACCCUCGGGGCCCGCAGAGCAACACUCCUCCUCACUCACCCUCCGACUGGCCAGGGGCGCCGCCAGCACCCAGGCAGAAGGGGCGACCGCCUCUGGAACGUGACCCGCCUUCCACACACAAACAGGAGUUCAUCCUCCUUGCAUCUCGGAGGAGGGACGAGGAGCAGUUUCCAGCUCCCCUCUCUUUCCAUCUGACGCCUGGGGAGGAGCCAGGGACCACGGCCCAGUGUCCUAGGUCCCCAGCCAAGGUCCGCCUCCGUCUUCCCUCCCUGCGCCGGCUGGGACCACAGGCUCUGCCCUGCCAGGUGCCCGCAGCUCAGCCACCUGCUGUCCCUCAGGUCUGCCUCGGAAGAGCCCAGGGCUGCCGGCAGAAAGCACCCAACGGGCCCCUGGCUGGGCCUGGGGCUGCCCGCCUCCCCCCAGGAGCUGCGGACAAGGCCUUGCCCCGAAUGAGAAGAGUGAGGCCGGGACCUGCCAAGGGGACAGAGAUCACAGUAGGGAGGCAGGGGUGUGGCCUCCAGGUCAGAGCUCUUUUGCCGACCUCACCUGCGGGCAGGUGUGCAUCCCGGCAGGACGGUCCGAGGGCAGCUGUGGCAGGAAGAGUCAUACCAAGGGAAGGAGCAGUGGGUUCCAGAAAAACCAGCUCGGCCUGGAGGACGGCUGGGUCCGCACGGGGAGCCGGUGGCAGGCCAGCUUCUCGUCCGGUCUGGGAGGGCUGCGGCUUCAUUUGGGAGUAACCGAGAAGUCCUUCCCGGAAAAGGAGGUUCCAGAGAAAGGCAGAUCAACUCGGCACGGGAACGAACGUCUGAAGUGGAGUGCGUUAUCAGAAAUGACGACAGCUUCCAAACUUGGAUGACAUCUACGCACCAAUAAACCUUCCACUUCUGGGACAACGGGAGGGGCGGCCAGUCUGCCUGGACCUCUGCUGCCAGCACUCUGAGGACCGCUGGCCUCGCACGGGCCGCUGGGGCGUGGAGCGGGGGAGCGCCCCCACGCCUACGGCACGCUCGGUGUCGGCGCAGGACCAGGGAGGGUGAGGUCGCCUGGAGAGGUCGCUGGCCUCCGUGUCAUCUAGGAUGACAUCUGGAAUCUCCAGGUCAGAAAGGGGGGGUCCACCUUCCUACAGACCUGCCGGCUGGGCUGAGUAGCUCUGGGAAUUCUUCCACACCUCGAGUUCCACUCCAGAUCACAGGCAAUUCGACCAGCCAACCGGCGCCUUCGCCCCUUCGUGGGCAGGGCGGGGCUCGGCGUGCGGCCCAUGGGAUGUGUGGGAGUCGGCAGAUGCCCCCAACUCCGGGCAGAUGACUCGGCUCACACACCAGGCUAUUAAAAAUCUUUAUUGCUAAUUUCCUUCUCCAACAGAUACAGGUUUUUAGUUGAAAUAAGAAGCCACGGCAACACUUUCACUUGUCUCCUUCAGAAGAUGAGACCGAUCAGGCCCCCACUGUUACAAGGUGGGGGGGCCGUGACCUUGACAAGGACAGGCUGGGGCAGAGGACACAGCACGGGCCAUGGCACGGAUCCCGGACGGGAGCGACAGGUACAAAGACAGGGGCCGCCAGCGACACUGGCGUCUACACCUGACGACAGACGCUGCAACCUGGGGGGAGGUGGGUGGAGAAAUGCACCAUCCCCAGGGGCUCCGCUGGAGCUGCAGGGCACUGAGCUGAGCGUGAGUGUGUUUGUGAGUGUGUGUGUGCUCACACUUGCACAUGUGUGCACACACCGCCCCCUGGAGCAAGAUGCUCUGAGGCCCCUACUGGGGUCCCCACAGUCCUUGUCCCCUGGGGACCAACAGCCUUUGCAGUUAACAGUCAGCCACCAGGGCCAGGGGCCGUGCGUGGAGGAGCAGGAGGACAGGGGUCCAGGCCCCCGACACUCGAGACUCAGCACAGCGUGGCCCUCCCACAGACACAGGGGUCUCUGGGGAUCCUGCCUGGGACAUUGUGACGGUCAGCCCCUGUGCUCCGCGGCAGCCCGAGACCUGAGAAGGGGGGGGUGUUUGGCUCUGAGAGUCUUCUCCUGGUUCUGGGUCCUGGGGGCAGGAAUGGGGCGUCUGCCUGAGGGGAGGGUGAGGGCUGCCCUCUCAGAGGCCAGCAUCUCCCUCCACCUCCGCACUCAGAUCCCGCCCCUGUGAGAGAUGGGGAGGGGGCAGGCUGCCCCCAGGGGGCGGGGGAGGGCAGGUGGGAAGACUGCAAGCUGUUUCUCAGGCUGGGCUGGAGCGCCAGCCCAGCAGGCCUGGCUCAGGGAAGCACUCCAUAAACAAACACCGUCGCUGUCUCUUCCCCGCUGACACGGGGAGACCCUUUGGAGGGCGGAGCAGUGAGAGGCACAGGCCUGGAUGAGAGAACCCGGGUGCUGGCCGGGACCUGCGGCCCCGGCCCCGGUGGCAGAUGCCUCUGGAGCCUUGCUGGGGGGGCAGGGGGGUGGUGUUUGGGGUCAAAGCACUGGCAGGCUUUGUGGGCCCAGCUGGGGUCUGUGUGGGGGUGGGUUCCGGGCCCCUAAGCAGAGACCUGUGCUACACGGUGGGGUAUCACAGCUGUGCAGGAGCAGCCCCGUGCCACACGCCUCGGCUCAGCACAGGCGGGCCAGAGGGGCUGGCUGGCGGUGGAGCAGUCCCACCCCGGCUGGGGAAGCUGGCUGGCUGCCAGCUGCUGGGAGCGAUGCAUGUAAAUCCUGCCUGACAGUCAGUCACCUCUAAGCCCCGGGGCCGCUCCUUCACGACAACGCAAAUCUCCUGGGGGACCCCAUUUUCCAGCGGUGGAUCCUGCUUGGGGUCCUCGAGGUCCCCUUGCCGGCAGAGCCAGGCGUGGCCAUGAAAGCAAAUGCACCGUGCAGCCGCAGAGGGACCGCUCUGGGCAGGGUGGGGAGAGGCCGUGCCAACAAGGGGUCACGGGCGAGCCGAUGGGAAACCGAAAACACACACCUACCGAGAGCCAAUCGAAUGCAAACACAAAACAUGUAAAAGCAGCAAGCUCUGUGUAAUAAAUAUUGCAAAGCGCACUUGGUUUCUUUCUUUUUUUUCUUUUCAAGUCAAAUAUAACAACCAAUGUCCCAAACCCUGUUUUCAGCAUUCAAAAGAGAGAAGAAGCUGGUGCCGUCGGCAGAACACCUGCAGCCAAUCAGAGAAAAACGCUGUUUCCCAUCAGCCAGCCCAUCCGACAUCUUCACGUUCCUAAAAAGUGACCCAAAUAAAGCACCGGAGCUCGGAGAGCUUCUUGGGAAGCCAUAUAUAUACCGAAGAGCGAAUUAAAAAAAAAAAAAAAAAGUAAGAGU